GAUUUCGUAGUGUGAUACUCAGUUUUUUGUUUCUUCUUUCAAGCUCUAGACUUCGGGGUGUUGGAUCAGAAAUUUGGGUCUCCAGCCAUGGCGUUGUUUGCUCAAGUGCAGCUCGCAGUGUCGCUCUUCUCGCUGACCAACCACGACGCCACACAGCGCGGACUUUAUCACAUCCGUUGCUCGGUGGAGAGCCCGAGCUCGCUCGACGUCCAACUGGUCGAGCAAGCCGCAGAUGGUGCAAAUCAUCAUCCACCAGGCUCAUCGCAGCACCAGAGCCACAGCCAGAGCCACAGCCACAGUGCAGACGGGGGAGCACCAGCUGGUUUGCAGGAGGAUUCGCAACCCGGCUUGGUCGCUACGUCCUCGGCGGCGGCAGACUCGAACGUCUUCCUCGUCCCGUCCUCCUCGUCGAUGCACCAGCCGCAGUACAAAGAGGGCGAUUGGAUUCUCGCCAAGCCGGAGGAUCUUGCCCUCCUCGGCCAGCGAAGAGAAAACAAACUCUUGAACGCGGGUGAAACGUCCUUCUUCCGGCCGUUUGCAUCAACGACGACUUCAUCGUACAUUUCCAGAACGCUGGUCAUCACCCAGUCACACGAGCAUCGCCUUCUGAACGACGCCGCAGUGUUUUUGCUGAACAUCCCGUUCACGGCAGCCCACGCCAAGGAAGAUCUCGAGCAUGCUAUCGCGCGUGUUCAUUUUGAUCUGCACUAUGGUCCCGAGCCCGACUGCGCGCAACCGAACAACAUUGAGGCUAUUGCCGAUGCGGUGGCAUCCAUGGGGCUGAUUUGCCGUCGGACGUAUCGGUUGCGACGCGUCGCCUUCCCAGGUCUGAAUGAAAGCAUAAUGGUCAACUUUGAUCGGCGGCAUUGCAUGAGUACCGUCGUCUCGAUUCAUAGCACUCUCGUUGGCUUCCAGUAUAGGCCUGUCAUGCAAUCUUCCAGCAGUUCGACCAACAAAUCGCUGUUCCGGCUCUUCCGAAAGCGAGUCGAGACGCCCAACCGCAGCAAAUUGACUCUCGCCAGUGUGUUUGGGCUGGGGCACGACUCGAGUGCAGGCGAACAGCCCCUGUCGGAGCAGCAAAUGUCUGAAACCCUGCAAGACGAUGCGCGCGGCGUGUUUGCCCAGCUUGCAUUUGUGCUGGUUGCCUGCCACUGCUCGUUGCGAGAGCAUUUCAAGCAGUUUGUCGCAAUUCGGCCGCCCGGCGAGCGCGAUGCACUCACCAACGCGCCGCUGGCUGAUUUGCAGUUUGAGGAUCCGGCGGUGGCUUUUGCCAACCGUUUGUCCAUGCUCGUUUCUGACGAGGCCAGCUCGAUUUUGCCAACAAUCGAGACGGCAGGACCGCGGCCCGCCUAUGUUUCUCCAGCCGACGAGCUCGUCUUGACACAACUGCAGCAGGCGUUCAAAUCCAAAAUUUCGAGUGCGCUACAGCCAGACAUGGCCGCGAUUGCCAUCAUCGAGUCGCUUCAGCCAAUCGUCGAACAGGUCACACCCUUGUGGGGACGGCUUCUGCAGUGCUUUGCGCUCGACGAGUUUGUGAGCAAGCGGCUCUUUGUCCAAGGGGAGCUCCAGGCGCGCGGCCAGCUCCGCGCUCGUGUCUUUGUGCAAACGUUUAGUCGCGAGGAUUGCGAAAAGUACAUCGAUUUGAGCUACAAGGAUAUGGCCACGCUUUCCAAUUUGAUCGAAACCUCAGAGUUUGUGCGCGAAGUCACCCGUUCCAACUACGAGCUCCUCAAUCCGUUGGGCAUCGUCAAGCGCCCGCCCAUCAUUUUCGAAGACCAAUUCCUGCAGGGCAUUCACCCAGUUGCCGAAUCGCAGCCCAUUGCGGUCCGCUUUGAGCGACACAUGAGCAAGGUGUCGGAAGAAAGCGAGGAAAUUCCGGACGAGGCCGAACUCGAAGAGGAUGAGCUGAGCAGCACCAACGAAAGCGUGGAGCGUGCUUUCGUGAUGAGGCAUGGGCAUUCGUCCUCAAGUGUGAGCACGAUUCCCGUCACGCCCGACUCCUCGUCGUUAUCAUCCGGCUCGCCUGGGACGUCCUCGUCACGUUUAGCUCCCGUGGAACUGACGUUACCCGACCGCCCAGUGUCUCCUUUGGCCCCGGAGCGCAGCCCACGCCGCAUGGAUCGCAAGAACUCGACGCGAAAGUCCCUGCAACGCUUCAAGUCGCAGUUUAGCAUCCAAGUCACCCCGACGGACGCGACCGCGACGUUGUUCUUUCCCGCUUCUCCUGCUGUGCCGACUGUGCAAAUCGACGCACCGCCUACGUUUGUCCAGCCGGCCGACGAAGCAGCUGCAUUGGCAAACACCGAAACACCAACGGUUCUCCGGUCAGAUGCCGUCGGUGGGGUUGUCCACGAAGAGGCUGACGCCCAACCAACGUCGCAACAACCGCAAUCGCAAACGCCUCGCAUUGAGGUUUCGGAGGAUGCUUCGCCAACCGAGCGUCGCUUGACCCGAAGCGCUUCCGAGCAAGUCUCACUCUACUCCCUAGCCUCCCACCCCUCCUCUCCAACCGACGCCAUGUCUGGAAGUGGUAACGAAUCGGCCUCCUCCAACGAGGGACUGACUGGGACGAGCUCGAUGCGAAAGCGCGAUAAGCUGCGAGCGAUGGCUUCCAAAAUGUUCUCGUCGAAUCGAUCUCGAAGCACCGAUUCCGAUGCCAAGGACGAGCCUGGCGACCUGCCUCCGAAAGCGUCGUCGUCUUCGUCAACUUUAUCAGUGCGUGCGAAUGGUGGCGGCGCCCGCCGGAACAGCAUGGGAAAUGUUCCUACAGGGGCGCUCUCGGUGGCCAAUACCGCUGCGUCGAGUCCACACAAGUCGGCAUCGCGCUCGUUGUCCGCCUCGUCCAACUCGCUUGUUUCGCUGGCGCAGUCGCGCAAGAAGGCUGCUCGAACACGCUCUGGGAGCAUUUCCCACAGCUUGACCAAUAGCCGCACUCAAAGUGGCAGGAACUCGCGGAAUGGUAGUCAGACCAACCUCGUUUCCAUGCUUGACGAACAUGCGCGCGAGCAGGAUGAAACUCUUGCGCGCGAUCGUCAAACCCAAAGAACAACCGCCGCCUGCCAGGCGCUCAAGACACAGCUGCCCAUCCAGGGCUUCUUCCACAGCGAACUGCAGCUCUCUGACUCUGUUUCUCACCCGUUUAUUGUCCCGCCGGUGACCAACCAGCGGCAUUUGGUCGUGUUUGUGCAUGGGUUGGAAGGCAGCGACGUGGACUUGUUCGCCUUCCGCAACGCGUUGCUGCUGACCAUUCCGACGUUUGACUGCUUCCUCUCCGUUUCCAACAAGAAUGACACGUACUCGAGCUUUGAAGUGAUGACUGACAAUCUUGUGAAGGAAUUGGAGCAGUAUCUGGCUCACGUCAAGGUGCAGCCGGCCUUCAUCAGCUUUGUCGGCCACUCUUUGGGCAACAUUGUCAUUCGCAACGCUCUGACGCGUCCCGAGCUGCUGUGUCGUCGCGACAAGCUGCACACCUAUGUCAGUCUGAGCGCCCCACACCUGGGGACUGUCCUCGGCGAUAGCUCUGCGGUGCAGACGGGCAUGCGGGCCAUGCGCGCCUUCCACCGCAAUCAGGGCUCGUCGCUGGCCGAGCUGGCGCUUGCCGAUAGCAGCAAUCCUCGCCAAUCCCUCCUGUACCGCCUGAGCAUGCAGGCAGGCUUGGCCAUGUUCUCGAACGUGCUGCUGGUCGCGUCGAUGCAGGAUCGGUAUGUUCCAUACCACUCUGCGCGCAUUGAAAUGAAUCCGAAGGCGCUCAAGGAUCGCAAGCUUGGUCCUGUGUACAUGGAAAUGCUGGGCCAUCUUCUCGAGCCUCUCAAGCAACGUCGGGACGUCUCGUUUGUUCGGUUCAACAUCAUGAACGAGUUUCCCAGCAAGAACAUGGAUUCCAUGCUUGGUCGAGCGGCGCAUAUCAGCAUCCUCGAUUCCGAGGUUGUUCUUCGCCAUCUUUUGGCCGUCAUUGUGCCCUAUCUUCAGUCGGAGCCUGCUCGGCGGACCGGCGUUCCGUCCUGAGCGCCUUUUUGUUGUUGUCGCGACUUGAGUUUUGUGAGCGUCGUGUGUGUGUGUGUGU